AUGUCGGAGUUUCUGGUGAAUCUGCUCGGGGAGCGGCUCGUCAACAGCGAGAAAGCCGAGGUAGAUGUGCAGGCGCUGGCUGGCAAGCUGUCGUUGGUCGGGCUCUACUUCGGCUGCAGCUUGAACGGUCCCUGCAGACAGUUCAACGCCAGCCUGUGCGAGUUUUACAGCAAGUUCAAAAAAUCGUCAGAGCACAAAGACAAACUAGAGAUCGUCUUCAUCUCCUCCGAUCAGGACCAGAAACACUGGCAGGACUUCUUACAGGAGAUGCAAUGGCCGGCUUUGCCUUUUAAAGACCGACACAAAAAGUUUUCUGGUUUGGACCGUGAGGCGUACGGACAGAACGGCGAGGGCUCAGGAAAUCGCAGCGGCCUGGAAUUUCCCUGGGGGCCCAAACCCUUCGCAGAGGUGGUGGCCGGGACGCUUCUCCGCGGCAACGGGCAGACGGUGGACAGCAGCUCCCUGGAGGGGUCCUUCGUGGGCGUCUACUUCUCCGCCCACUGGUGCCCCCCCUGCCGUAGUCUCACGCGGGUGCUCGUGGAGUCGUACCGCACGGUGAAAGAGUCUGGGCAGAAGUUCGAGAUCGUCUUCGUCAGCGCCGACAGGUCAGAGGAGUCCUUCAAGCAGUACUUCAGUGAGAUGCCCUGGCUCGCCGUCCCCUACUCGGAUGAAGGCCGGCGAUCGCGACUCAACAGGCUAUAUGGGAUCCAAGGUAUCCCCACCCUCAUCCUGCUGGACACAGAGGGUCACAUGAUCACGCGCCAGGGCCGGGUGGAGGUGCUGAACGACCCCGAGUGCCAACUCUUCCCCUGGCACCCGCGGCCCGUGCUGGAGCUGUGCGAGUCCAACGCCGUGCAGCUCAACGAGGGGCCCUGCCUGGUGCUCUUCGUGGAUGCUGAGGAAGAGGGGGAGCUGGAAGCAGCAAAGCAGCUGAUCCAGCCCAUAGCAGAGAAGAUCCUGGCCAAGUACAAGGCCAAGGAAGAAGAGGCACCACUGCUGUUCUUCGUGGCUGGAGAGGAUGACAUGAGCGACUCCCUGCGUGAUUACACCAACCUGCCAGAGGCGGCGCCGCUCCUCACCAUCCUGGACAUGUCAGCUCGCGCUAAGUACGUGCGCGACGUAGAGGAGAUCACGCCCGAGGUGGUGGAGCAGUUCGUCAGCGACUUCCUGGCAGAGAAACUCAAACCGGAGCCCAUCUAGAAAGAGGGAGAAGGCUGGUCCUGUUAGGGCUGACACUGAAACUCCAUCCAACAACCCCCACACUGCUCUCUUCAUCCUCUGUACAGUUUACUUUCUUCAAAUUCCCAUCAGUACUGUCCUCCCCCCCACCAACCUGCCACGACCCAUGACUUAUUACUUACUGACAUUUUUAACUUUUAAAAGUAAGAAAAUGAUGUGGGAUUCUGAGCAGGUCCUGCUGUCUUUUCUCACGGUGCCUUGCCUUGACUACAGCCCCUGCAGCACAGUAAUGCUCCUGCCCAAUGCUCCUGGGGUUCUUGAACAUUUCAUUUCUUUUUUUGGCAACAAGAAUGUCUUCCUUAAGAGACACAAAGUAUCACUUUGCCCAGUGGAUUCCAUCUGAAGAACUUUCUGUCUUCGUAUUUCUUUGUCGCUUGGGUUCUCCGGUGUGUUAUGAUGUGCAAAUUAAGGAUAGUGUAAUUAAAAGUAUUGAAGAUGGAAUGAAAGUCGACAUAUUUACGCCAUGCAUACAGGUCUCCCUUGUUGGCCUUCGAUUUUAAUGUAGCUGCCUCUUCUGAGGUUUGUCUCCGUUUCAGACAUGCAUCAAAGUGUGAAACAGAUUCACAAAAAUGAGAGCUUUCUAUGUGAAAAAAACAGCCCUGCAGUACAGUCGUGUUGUAUUUCUGGGGUGGGGUGGAAAAGGCUGUUUCUUUUUGUCAUACAAAGAAAUUUCCCUUUGAAGCCCCCCCUUUUUGUGCUCUGAUGACAUACGAUAUUACCGAGUCUCAGAGCAGCCAUAAGUUCAAGGAUUUUCUGUGAAGGUCCCUGUUUUUAAACAAAAAAAAGGCCAGUUGUUUUGGAAGGCUGAAAUAGCAUUGUGAGAGUCCUGGCUUCCAAGUUUUUGAAAGAAAUUUAUAGCAUUGUUCCUAUUACUCGCUGGACACUCAAAAAGAAACUCACGGUCAUUAAAAGCUGCUCUCUUUUCCACGUGAGUCCUCCCUCACUCUUUGCCGUUUUGCAAACCCUUGUUUCUGCAUAAAGAUCUGCUUUCUUUUCCCAGACCUGUUUUCUUCAGAGACCUAAAAUUGUGUCCAAGACGAUGGAAAAUCAUCGGCAGAUUUCUUUGGGAACAACUGCUAACUCAAGACCAGGCUGUACUUAAAAAGACCACUGACUGUAGAACCUCAUAUACACAAAAAUAUUGGAAAAAUGGAUUCGCUUAAAUACUAGGAUGUACAUGGAUCAACACAUUUUUUCCAACACAAAUUAACUGCCAAGACAAAAUACAAUGUUUGAUCAACUGAUUUCCACACAAGUACAUUGUUAUGAAACUUUGUUUUAAAAUGUUGAAAAGAGGUAUAGUUUUAAUAGUGAAGCAAAAUGCAGUAAGAUGCUAAUAUAUUCUUGUGCUCAACAAAUUUGCUGAAUUGUCCAUCUUGUUUAACGUAGAAAAAAAGCUUAAUGCGACAUCUGCUGGUCAAAUAUAUACAUGCAGUUACUAUGCAUUCAUUGUGGACGGUGCUACAGGUUUCUUAAUUGAACACCACUUAACGAUUUUAAAUAUUUUGCAUAUGCCGCCCUUUGGCGCAUAUUUGGGGGAAAUACUUGUAAUAUCCUUUAGAAUAUUUAAAUGGUUUUGAUUUCAUGCAAAACAUUUAAGUUAAUUUCAUUGUUAUGCAUUGUUAACGGUAUAAAUUCAAUAAAUUUCCAUUGGCCUGACA